GCUUCUUCUUCUUCUUCUUCUUCUUCUCGUACGCUAGCAAACAGCUGAGAGGUGAGACAGUAGGAAAAUCUGUCCCUCUCGCUGUUUCGUCUCAUUCGUUGAUAAUUGUAUGUUUUUCUGGGGACGUCGUGCAGUAGCGGCCGGGGAUUUGUAAUCAGCGGGCAUGUCGGCAGCGUUAGACAGCUGGACGCUGGGCGGAUCUGUUCUGGCAACUUGUUAGCAUCGAUGAGGGAGGCUAACGCCGCCCUCCGAGCGGUAAACAAGGCUCCCCACCCCGACCCGAGUUAGCUGGCCUCCCAUAACAACGACAGAACCCAGCAGGAUGACAGAGGAUGCCGUCCUGCUGAACGUACCUGUUAUUCGGCAGCUGUACCACUGGGACUGUGGCUUAGCCUGCUCCAGGAUGGUCCUGAAGUACCUGCAGCCAGUGAGCGACGAGGAGUUCCAGAGAGCAUGCUGGGAGCUGCAGCUGACGGAGAGCGUGUGGACCAUUGACCUGGCCUUCCUCAUGUGUCACCUGGGAGUCAAGCACUGCUUUUGCACGCAGACCCUGGGUGUAGAUAAAGGCUUUAAGAACCAGUCCUUCUAUAAGAAGCAUUUUGACACGGAGGAAGACCGAGUGAACAGACUCUUCCUCAAGGCUGAAAGCAAAGGGGUGGUGGUGAAGAAAUGUUCGGUGACCGUUCAGGAAAUCCAGUCUCACCUGGAGCAGGGCCACGUGGCCAUAGUGCUGGUCAACGCCGUUGUCCUGACGUGCGAGUCGUGCUCUUCGCCCGUCAAAUACUGCUGCUUCCUGCCUGUGGGCCAGAAGUGCUUCUGCAGGAAGCCAGAGUACCAGGGUCACUUUGUGGUUGUGUGCGGCUUCAACAGGACCUCUGGCUGCAUCUUCUACAACAAUCCUGCAUAUAAUGACCGGGUGUGCUGCACCAGCGUGGGGAACUUUGAGGAGGCCAGGCGGAGCUACGGGACAGACGAGGACAUCCUCUUUGUCUUCAAACAGAGCUGAUGGACAACGAUGAUGAUGAUCCUGGACUUCAUCAUCUCGCUGUCAGACCGCUGCAGCUCCCCGCUCCAGCGGCGCCACCUCUGUUCUGCCCACAGAGGUCCAACAUGCGUCCCCCCCACCACCACAAACCCACCCACCCCAGCGUGACAGCUCACCCACCGAUGGAUGUAAAUAUCCAGCGCAUACAAAAGCCAAAACUACUCAAGGUUUCCUCAUCUUAAAUGGAUUAUUUUUCUACCCUGCGGUGUCAGAUGAGCAUAGUUCAUAUGAGUUUUAGUCUCUACUUCAUUUUAACGCCAGCAGCUGUUCACACCAUGGAUAAAUUGAGCCUAUAAACUCCGAGGAGUUUGGACUUGUGCGACUUUGGAUGAAUUUUGGGAAACGUGGCCUCGAACGUGAGCUACCAGGGACUGACGUGCACAUUAUUCAGGGUUUCUCUCGACGACUUACAGUAUUGUGCGUUUAAUCUGUUGUUGACGUGAAGCUGCUCCUCUUUGCCCCACAGCCUCGGCCUCUACCUGCCUUUUUUAGGAACGUCCUAACUCCCUUUUUCAUUCACAAAGCUCUAGGAACAGGGGAACGAGUCUCGUGCUGCGAUCGUCUCAGGUAAUCAGCGCUCUGACGGGCGCCGGCGUCGGAUCAAUGCAAUAUUCUGUCUGCGGGACUCUGUCUGAACACCGGGAGACAAGAGUUGGUCGCUUUGACUGGAUUUACUGGAGAAAAGCUCAAGUCGAACCUUUUUUGUCUCGUGCUGCAGAAUAGGUGGAUGGUGCUGUUGGUCGGAUUGAUCCUGGUAACUCUAAGUGAUUUUUUUCCUCAUUGCCUCUGUUUUAUUUUUAAAGUUAUAGUAAUGUAUUUACAUCUUGCACUACAUUUUUCACACCAGACUCCAUUGUUAUUUAAAAGAAAAUCCAUUUUUUGUAGUGCUACAAAAUGUCAUCGCCGUCUGGUUGUGUUCUCUGAAAACAAACGGCACAUUUUAAACCACAAUUUUUAUUUUUUAAACAUAGAAUUGCAUUUAUUAUGAGCUGUAAUUAAAACAUUUCAACACAUGC